AUGCCGGGGCAGGGCUCCCAGGCGCCCCGAGGGAAGCACGGCGGAGGCAGCCGAGCUGAACGGAACGUUUCUGCCGCUCAGCCCCGGGGGAGCCCCUCGGGGGGCAGAGUCAGGGCAGCCUCCCGCCCUGAGCGCGGCUCCGCGGCCGGUGCCUCGGGUCAGGAGCCCCCACUACCCUUUCGCCGCCGACCCACCAUGGCCCCGGCGGAAACCUUGGGGGCGGAGGGGAAGAAAGCGGCAGCGGGCCCUGGGAGCGGUAGUUCGGGCGCGCUCCCUCUUGCGCCCGCCGCUAGGAACGGCUCCCGGCCCGGUCACUACAGCGACCGCCAUGCCGAGCGCCGCCGCCACAGCCCGCCCUCACGGGGCGGGGCCCUGCGGCGGUACGGGCGCAGCGUGGCGCCGGCUUCCCCUGGUGCCGCCGAGGUCGGGCCGCCGCGGCCUUUUGCUCCUGCGGUCGCCUCCGCCGGGCCCAGAAAUAGGUCAAGGAGCUUUGCUGCCAGGCCUGGGGCAUGUUCUGAAACUGUAAAUGCUGGAAUUAAAAGUCUGUAUUUGACACCUUCCAUAAAACCGAAACCUAAUCUGUGCAUUGAGAGCCUGCCAUCAGAAAUGCUGAUAAAGAUAUUUUCCUAUUUGGAUGCUGUGUCCCUGUUGUCUGUUGGUUGUGUGAAUAAGCACUUCUAUCAUCUGGCCAAUGACAAUGGAAUCUGGCUGAAAAUCUAUUCCAUUUGUUUUCAACCAAAAAGGACAAUUUGGAAAAUGAAGUCUGAACAAACAGAAACUGUUUCCUUGGGCUGUGCUGCUCUACAUGAUAGAAAGCCUGGGUACUGGAAGAAAGAAUACAUCUUCAAACAAAUAGCUGCUGUCAAAACGAGAGUAAUGCGACUUGUUAAACCUGUAGAUCCUUAUACAGGUCUUCCAUGUAAAAACAAAGAAGCUAUGAAAGCCUCUGGCUUGAGUUGGAUGAUUGUUCUAAAGGACAAAAAUGGAAAGGAACACAUAACGGAGAAGGCAAAGCUAUCAUUUAAGGACACAUCUGUUACUAUACUUUGGUAUAGUACAAAUUGGCCAUGCUUAGAUAGCCUGUCAACCCUAAAACUAUUUGGAGUUAUACCAUUGCUUCCUGACCAAAGCCAAGCUCCCAGCAAGAAUGGACCUCGUCGACGUUCCUUAAUUGCUGAAUACCAUCUUGCUAACCUGACUGAAAGUAGUGUAGCACUUGGUGCUGAUAAGCUUGUCCAGCUCUUCAGUCUGAAUCCAGGACUCUUAGUAGGACUUUGGAAGGAGAAAAAUGAAAUUGCUUUUGUUAUGGCGAGUCUUCAUUAUCAUCAGCUUCUUGAGAGAAGCACUUUGGGUUCUGCUACUGUUCAAUAUGCCCUUCCACCUAAUAAACCUGUAUUGGAUGAUGUUGACCCAGAAUAUGGACUGCAUGACUACAGUCUACAUCUUGAUAUGCAUGGUGGAAGCUGCACCUACCUGUGUGGAACAUUCAAGAGCCUCUUUUGCAGAAAAGGUGACAUUGCAAACGGGUAUUUGAGGCUGACAGUUAUAAGCUUGAAGGAUAAUAAGAAGCACUUGCCUCUCGCUGGGACACUUGGCUUAUCCUGGGAAACAGAUGUGUUUAAAGGCAAUGUAAAGGACUGCUUUGUGAUGGAUGUUACUCUCUUGGAUGAAACUGGAAAGCCCUUCUGGUGUUUCAGUGCCCCAGUCUACAUCGAACUGUCUUCCGAGGCAUCCGGCCUUUAUGACUACCUGGGUCGUACCUAUACCACAUACUAUGCAGAUUCAGAGGGUAAAGUCCGUGUUGAGUUGGUAUGGUUGGAAGAAACCAAGGAGUAUUUUAUAGUUAGUUUGGUGCUUUAUAUAAGCACCAAAAAGGUAAAUAAUUGGUAUGGAACAAAUUACUGA